AUGAAGAUCUCCGUCCAGACCCACGCUGGCAAGCCGAUCACCAUCAUGGUCGACCCCUCGGACACCAUCAACGUUGUCAUGACGAAGAUUCAGGAUCAGCAGCGCCUUAUCUAUGGCAAGAAGGGGCUAAAAGGCAGGCGCACUCUGGCUGACUGCGAUAUUCAGGAUGGAUCCACUCUUCACCUCGAUCUGCGAUAUGAUAGAAAGAGGAAGCAGCCACGUGUUGUACGUGGUGUGCAACCCAAAUUAGCGAAAAAGAAGAGAAAAAUAUACCAAAUCUUUGUCAACGGGCUUACCGGCAAAAUCACUACCUAUGAUGUUGAGGACUCGAGUACCGUCGAAAGUGUAAAGGAAAUGAUCCACAAAAAGGAGGGUGCUCCCGUGGACGAACAAAGGUUGAUCUAUGGCGGGAAACAGCUAGUGGAUGGUCAGACCAUGGAGGACUGUGGUAUCCAGAAGUUGUCCACCAUUCGCCUGCUGCUCCGCCUCCGAUAG